GAGCGUCCUCCCUCGACUCCGAUUCCAUGAAACGGAAACUGUGAUGCCAGCGUUCUGGCACCGGAAGUCAACCAAAGCUUCAGAGUGGAAUUUGGGAAGGGUUGUUGUGAGGAGAAACCGAAGUAUGUAGUACUUAGGAUUCUGGGUUCCUUGGAAGAAGGUUCCUCUGGGUUCCUUGGAGGAAGAGCGGGAUAUAAAAAAAUGUAUGGGCUGGCAAUAAAAUUAUCUUUCUUUGCUCACCAAAGUCUGAUGAAGAAUCCGGGCUUCUGAAAACCCUUGUGCACUGAUCCACAGCUCCACCCUUUCCCUGAAGUGUUAAUGUGAUGGCUGUCUUGCAGGCACCAACGUGGCUAUUGCCGGUGGUUGCAACCAUCUUGCUUGGGCUGCUGAGCUCUACCCAAGCUGGUGCUUAUUAUGGGAUCAAGCCGCUGCCUCCCCAAGUGCCACAGUACCAAGCCCUUGGACAACAAGUACCUCACAUGCCACUAGGCAAAGAAGGCAUUCCAAUGCAGCACAUGGGCAAGGAGGGGCCACACCUCCCUUAUGGGAAAGAAUACAUUCCUCAGUAUAUAAAAGAAAUCCCACAGAUACCUAUGCUUGGCAAGGAGAGGAUUUCGAAGAAAGAGAAAGCGGCAAUGCCUUUAGCCAGUUUGAGAGGUGAGCGUGGUCCUCCUGGAGAGCCUGGACCAAGAGGCCCACCUGGACCUCCAGGGUUACCAGGACAUGGAGUGCCAGGAGCCAAAGGAAAACCAGGUCCACAAGGAUAUCCAGGGAUUGGCAAGUCAGGCAUGCCCGGAAUGCCAGGAAAACCAGGAGGAUUGGGGGUUCCUGGACCAAGAGGCGAGAUGGGGCCAAAGGGAGAGAUUGGACCGAUGGGCAUUCCAGGGCCCCAAGGACUGCCAGGACCUCAUGGACUACCUGGAAUAGGAAAACCGGGUGACCGCGGAUUGCCAGGGCAGCCCGGACCAAAGGGUGAGCCAGGAAUGAAAGGACAACCUGGAAUACAAGGCCCCCCAGGCCCAAAAGGAGAUAAAGGCAUUGGGAUUCCAGGAUUGCCAGGGCUAAAAGGUCCGCCGGGUUUACCUGGUUCUCCAGGCCCUGUUGGACUACCGGGGAUAGGCAAGCCAGGGAUGAUUGGUUUUCCGGGCCCCCAGGGACCUGCAGGCAAACCAGGGCUUCCAGGGGAGCCAGGGCCUCAAGGAUUGGUUGGAGCCCCUGGAAUUCAAGGCCCUCCUGGCCUUCCAGGUAUAGGGAAACCAGGCCAAGAUGGAAUUCCAGGUCAGCCAGGGUUUCCAGGUGGGAAGGGUGAGCAAGGCUUGCCAGGCUUGCCAGGACCUCCUGGUUUACCUGGGAUUGGGAAGCCAGGUUUCCCUGGACCCAAAGGUGACCGUGGCAUGGGUGGUCUUCCAGGGCCCCUUGGGCCUAAGGGUGAAAAAGGGCACGUGGGCCCACCUGGCAUGGGUGGUCCUCCAGGAGAGCCAGGCCAAGCAGGUUUGCCAGGAAUAAUGGGGGCCCCAGGAGCAAUGGGGUAUCCAGGCCCUAAAGGUGAAGCUGGAGCUUUUGGGCCUCCAGGGCCUAUUGGCCCCAAAGGUGAGCUCGGCCUACAAGGUUUUCCAGGUAAGCCUGGUUUUCCUGGGGAAGUAGGGCCUCCAGGCCUAAGAGGCUUACCUGGUCCAAUUGGACCAAAAGGAGAAGCUGGUCACAAAGGUUUACCAGGCCUGCCUGGUGCUCAUGGGCCCAUGGGACCCAAAGGAGAACCUGGAGUCCCAGGGGCUCAAGGCCAUCAAGGGCCUCCUGGAAUCCCAGGCAUUGCAGGGCCUAGUGGCCCAAUUGGGCCUCCUGGACUCCCUGGGCCUAAAGGUGAACGGGGAGUACCUGGUCCACCAGGGUUUCCGGGAAUGGGGAAACCUGGUAUAGCAGGGGUGCAAGGACCACCUGGAAAACCUGGAAUGAUUGGGGCACCUGGCCAGCCAGGCCUCCAAGGACCCCCAGGGCCUCCUGGGCCUCCUGGUCCCCCAGUAAUAAUCCCGCCCACACCACCAGCUGUUGGACAAUAUUUGCCUGAGGUGGGUCCAGGUCUUGAUGGAGUGAAGACUCCACAUGGCUAUAUGGGGAAGAAAGGCAAACAUGGUGGUGCUGCCUAUGAGAUGCCAGCUUUCACAGCUGAGCUCACCACACCUUUCCCACGGGUUGGGGUACCUGUGAUGUUUGACAAGCUCCUCUAUAAUGGCAGGCAGAACUAUAACCCACAGACUGGCAUCUUCACCUGCGAAAUCCCUGGGAUUUACUACUUUGCCUACCACAUCCACUGUAAAGGGGGGAAUGUCUGGAUAGCUCUGUUCAAGAACAAUGAGCCACUGAUGUAUACGUACGAUGAAUACAAGAAAGGCUUUCUGGACCAAGCUUCCGGGAGUGCUGUUGUUCAGCUUAUGCCUGGUGACAGAGUUUAUAUCCAGAUGCCGUCUGAACAGGCAGCAGGACUCUAUGCCGGGCAAUAUGUUCACUCAUCUUUUUCAGGAUAUUUAUUGUAUCCCAUGUAAGCCAAACACCCAGACAAAAUGAAACCUCUUUUUCUCUGCUUCAAACCUAUACCGUUGAAAGAUGCAUUUAAUGACCGUUUUGGACCAAUGUGUACAAUAAUUAAAAUAAAAUUACAACUUUAAACAUUACGUACAGAUUGUUAUAAAGGAAAAAGGAAAUGAUGAUGAAGCCAGUAGGAAUCUGUUUGCUGUACACUGAACAUUUUCACUAUUUGCCUGCUUUGUUUAAUUGAAGAUAUCGCGUUAUAGUUCACAUCAGGUGCUCAUCCCUUGCUCAGUGCUUAAAUUAUUGGGGGACGCUGAUACUCCUCCCAAUUUUAGCUAAAUAAUCAUGUCCCCUCCUGUAUCCUUCUAAAAAUAGUAGCUAAGGGGGGCAACUCAAAGGGUAAGGGGGCUAAACUUCCCUCUGCUCCCCGUAAUUCAUGCAUUGCACUGGCUACCAUAGUAUGCUUACCUGAAAUAUUCCACUAAACAGAAGAUGAUAAAGAAAAACAUAUAGAGAAACUUGUGUUAAAGUACUGUAUUCUGGGGGAGAGGCUUUUAAAACUGACUUAAAAUAGGGUCCAUAAUCCUGCAAGAUUCUCCAAGCCCUGAAUCCAUAUUUUCUUUUCAUGCAGCAAUAGUAGUUUCUUCAAAUUGAUAAUUUUCACAAUAUAGCCAGAGUGAGUGAGGGGCAAUGUAUGUAAAUCUGUCUGAAAGUAUGGUGUUAACAACAUUAGGCUCAGCAACCCUCCAGACUGGCAGGAAUUGACAUCAGUUUCUAAGGUAUGACUGAAAGCAAUUCUGGAUCAUAAUGCCUUGACAUUAUGUAAAGCAUUCAAAAAAUAUUGAGACAAGGCCUCCAGGAAUAGCUUCAGUUUGAGUUGGCACAGUCCUGAUGCAUGUAGAGUAGUGCUCUUCUCUAGAAAUAGGGAACUCUAUUUUGCCUGAGAUCUCCAUCUUGUGGGGAGAGACCUGUGUGUACACAUGAAGUCCAUGUCUUGACUUCAUGUAAGCAUUCAAGUGAUUAGGGCUCUACCUGCCAUUCUGAGCCCACUCUUCCCUCUAGGCAUGUUGACUCAUUCUGCACAUGGCAGCAGAAUGGGACUAAAGAAUGGUAGCAAACAAGUCGACACCGACUUGACGGCACUUAAUCAAUCAAUCAAUCUGUGAAAUUCCUGCGUUUUGUGUAACUGCCUGAAUGUUACAUUGCAAUGCACGUGUAACAUUCUGCAGUAUGUCAGCCACUAGCUGUAGGGGGAACCCAAUCAGGAUAGGGACCGUGUCACAGGUGGAGAGGAUAAGUGUUAAGCCCCCAAUCUGCUAUUUGCCUCAGAAUGGAAACUCCUGCUGACACCAAUGGAAAUUUCCUUUCCAGGGCUGAUAACAUGAUCUUUGGGGGCAUGAGCUUCCAUGGCAUGGGGAAAAUAAGUGAAAUACUCUCUUCCUGCACACUGUGGCCCCAGUUUCCUCAGAUCUUCCUAUGGCUUUUGUUUUUUUAAAAAACUGAAGCACAAAUGACACGUUUAAUGGUGCAUGGAGUUUGACUCUAAGUCCACAGUAAGGUAAGGAAAACUUGCCCAUUGUUUUUUCCAGUGACCACUGGGUCAUCUUAGCUGCCAGAGUGUUUUUUUUUAAGCAUGUAGAUAGAUUUAUGGAGUGGAGAUGAUUAGUGGCUUUUUUUUAGUAAUACAUUACACCAAAGCAAUUAAAGUCAGUUCUAGGAAGUCAUUUAAUGUUUGUACAGAGCAGGUUAAUGGCUGCCAGUUAGUUACUCUUGCCUCAUAGAUGAGCCAAUAGGCCUCUGCACAUAAAUAUUGGGGAAAUAGUUAGGCAGGCACCUGUGACUGAAGCAGGGGUGUGACAUCUGAGUCAUGGGAACCAAUGAUGGGUCCCAAACAAACACUGAAUCCUGGCUGUGAUCUAGGCAAAGUGAAGCACUUCUAGGUUCCACUGGUGUCAGAGGGAGUUAUAUGGCUUAGAGCCAGCUACCUGUGAUGCUGAGUUGCAUGUAGUAUCUUCACACAAAAAACAGCCAAGGAUUCACACUCACUCACACACACACACACACACACACACACAAAACUGUGGUCAGCUGUAGCUGUACUCUGAAGUAGAAGAUCCAUGUGUAGGGGAGGGCUAGACAAAGCCCUAUUAACCCUUUCCCCUCUGUCAGUUUUUUUCUACUGCAAAAGCACACCCUUCCCAAGCAGCUUUUCCCCCAUGGGGAAAAAAUACAGAUGCCUGUAUCUUUUCCCCUAUGGAGAGAAAAGCAGUUUGCAGGCACUUUUUGAUGGAGAGAGAUCCAGAAGGGAAAGAGUUAAAGAGCUGUCGCCCCCAGGGUUGUCAACUGUGACAGAGGCUAUUCUUGGAGAUCCCCCCCCAAAAAAAAUAUUUCCCCAAUGUUUUUCAUAACAUCACACUAUUAAAAUCUCCAGGGUUGCUUUUAAUAGUCACCUGGAGAUUGGUGCCAAUUCCGGAAGACUCCAGGCCUGGGAACCCUACUCCCUGCAGGCUCUUUACUUCAGACUGCAGGUUCUAUGGCUGUAAUCUAAGUGCGGGGGGGGGGGCAUAGAGAGAAAAGUUACAAUUGACUCCAAAUCUUAAUUCUCCCACUGGAAUCAAAGGAAUGUAAAAGUGCUUAACCUUUGCUGGAACUUGCCCUCUAUCUGUGCAGUUCCUUCCUUACUAUAUGGUUUAGGAGCCAUUCUUCUAGGUCUUGUCAAAGAGAAUUUGUUUCUUUGGAUGUAAGGGGGGGAAAGCCCUGAUGCUUUGAUAUACUCAAAAAUGAACUACUUAUUCAUUUGUUAUCUAUUUUCUACAUUCACUUAAUAAAGGAUAAUGUGGCUGGCUAGCAAUAGUCCGGGGUGGAACUUUGGCUUAAUGUUUGUCUGUAGUGUCAUACAAAUCAGUUGCAUGAAGAUGAUGUGCAGUGUAACAAUUCUUUUCAAAGCCUUUGUCUUUAGGUUCCAUUCUCCAGUUACCUAUUGAGCAUGUGCAGGUUAAGGUGCUUGUGUCAUAGCAAACUACUAUGGCCACAAUCCAAUGCAGAGUUCAGCCCUUUGACUUCAUCCAGAUUGGGUGUGCAAGCAGCAGCUGGAGUUCAGCUCGUGACACCUAUGCAUAUCUGCUGUUUGGCAGGUGGGGGGGGAGCAGGGGAAUGAAACUCACCCACAUUUCCCCCUGCUGAACAGCUAGCUGGCAUGGUCAUAGAUUUUAUAGUAGCUCAAUACGGGCAUAGCCUUGGCAGCUGGAUCAGAUGAGUAUCAAAGGCCAGCAGCUGCUUAGGGCAUCAGAAUUUGAGAGCAAAAGGAGAGCUCAGUCCCCUCAAUCCAGAUCCCUGAGAAAACAGAGCCUUGAGCAGGGGUGUCUUCCAGUGUCCCCUCUAACAGAGAUUCCCAGAUGUUGUGGACUACAACUCCCAGCAUUCCCAGCUGCAUCAGCCUUUGCUUGGGGAUUAUGGCUAGUCAACAACAUCUGAGAAUCCCUGUUAGAGGGAACACUGGUGUCUUCCCCCACUCUCCAUAGUUUUCCCAACUUCAACCCCCUCCCCUCCCUCCAAUAACUUAAUAAUGGUAGGCAGGAGCUAGAUCAGAUGCCAUUGUCGAUCGCUGGAUGAUUUGCAGUAAAUCAACAAAAGGUUUGACUCCCAAUAGUUUUAACACUGGUAAGUAAAUUUUCAAGUUAAAAAUCUCUGUCAUGGCUGUCCUUGUGCUAAUUGCUUUUCUCAGUCUCAGCAUUCACAUUUUUAAAAUAUGAAUAUAGAUUGGUUGGCUUUGACCUGGUCUGUAUGCCUCACUGUUGAGUUUUAGAGGUUGUGUGGGUUGUGGGUUGUUUCUUUUAAAGAAUCUGUUAUCUGUGGCAACAAAUAUAGAUUUAUGCUUGUUUAUCCAGAUUAUUUGCUUUGAUCUAAUAUUGAUAUGCCAGUCCUCCACAAAGUGGUUUACAGGAUCAAAUAUCUCAGAUAGUACACGUCAUAAAACCAGCACAUCAGUAUCAAAAUUCAAAGCAAUUUCUUUAGAACUGAAUUCAAAACGUCUUAGCAAAAGAAAAAUUCAAUAAAUCAAAACUCACUGGUUAUCUCAGUGCAGUGGUGUAACAAGCUCUGAAGGGAUCUAUGUGCAAAAAUUGAACAUGGGCCCCAUUGGAUAAUUUCCCCAUAGCGAACUCUGUGGUUUUUUUGGAGCUCGAAACAAAACACAGAUGGCCAAAAUGUUUCAUCAGCAGAACAAACCUCAAAAUGUUUCGAGUAUUUCAGCCAUAAGGAACAAUGGGGGAAAUCAAAACACCCCAUUUCCCCCCAUGGGUAGCUCCUAGAGACACCAAAGUGGGUUGGAUGAUAAGGCAUGAUGGGUGCUACCUACCACCCAACACACACACAUACACGGUUAUCAUUUGUAUUACGAGCCAGCCAAGAAGCAGGGAGAUUGCAAGCCAGUCAGAAACCAGUGGCAGAAAACCAAUCAGCAAGGGAAAAUCAGGCCUCCAAUAUGGUGCUUGAAAUGUCAAAACAUUUCAAAUCAAAAUGGGGUUGUUUUGUUCCAAGCUCAAAACAGGCCAUUUGAUGUUUUGUUUCGAGCUCAAGACACUUGAAAUGGCCUGUUUUGAGUUGAAAAUUUUCAGCAUCAAAAGGUUUUCACAUCCCUACUCAGUUGGAGAUCUGCCCAGUCUCAUUGUAUUCCUCAUGAGCUGCAGGAGGAAAUUGGUUCUUCCUCCUCUGCCACCAUUUCGCAUCUGAAUCCAACAUCACCUUCUGCCAUUAUUUUGCCUACAAGUGUGGUUGGUAGACCUGGGGGUUCUAAUAAAGAAAACAAAAUGAAGUAAAUCCUACAAGUCUGAAGUUUGCCCAUCAAGUCUUACAACCAAUUUGGCAGGUAUAAGAGCAGCAUUUGGGAAAAAGAGGAGACACAUACCACCUUCCCAGACAUCCCACAAGAUGUGGAAGAGCAACAAAAUUAAAAACUUUGCCUAGGCUAGGAGCUCCCACCCUGUGGUACUCCAGGUGCUGCUGAACUACAACUCCCAUAAUCCCCAACCACAAUAAAUUGUACUUGGGGAUUAUGGGCAUCGUAGUUCAGAAACAUCUGGAGUACCACAAGUUGGGAACCGCUGGUCUAUAGUAGCAAAUUAGCUUGAGCUGGUUAAGUGCAAGUCUAUUUUCUUACACGUUUCUUCAUCCAGCUAGGGAUAGGUGCACAGAGGCAUGCUUUUGUGUAUAUUAGUAUGUCCCUUAGUUGGAUUGGAGAUAUUGGAAUCACUGGGCUAAACUUUUUAUUGGAUUGUGGUCAUUCUUUUCAACAAUGGUGCUCAUCUCACAGUAAAGAGGCGGUAUGGAGACUAUUUAAAAAAGACAGUAUAUAUGCUUUUCAGUGCUGCUUAUCACACUUCCACAUCCGUUUAAAUCAUGUUACAAGUCCACCACUCAUCAUUUUAACCACUUAACUGAAGCAUCAUAUUUAAUUGAAAUAAGCCUCUUCCAUUGCCAAAUGAAUAUGGACUGAAACUGGCAUUUCCAUUAUUUAAAUACAGAGUUUAGUAAUGCAGUUUACCAUUGGCACAAGACUGCAAUAUCUAAGACAUGGUGCUAGAAAUCAGAAUGUUAUAUCUUGAGAGCAAUGGGCAGUUUAUCAACCUUGGGUCAGUUGCUAGAAUAUAUAUAUAUGAAAGAGAUGAAGAAAAUAGCAAAUAAAUUUUGUAUUUAAUUUUUUUUGUACUGAUUUUAAAAGAUCUUAUUAAAUAUCUUUUUAAAAUGUU